UCGACUGUCGACAAAUUAUUUUUGAAUGGCAUUCUGUGUCCUGUGUUGAUGGUGUUUUAUUUUUCUAAAAAUGGAUCAAAAGCGUUUUAAUAUUUUAGAGCAAGACUUUGGCAACUUAAAAUAUAUUGGAUUUGUGCAAUAAUUCAGUACAAUUGCAACUAUUUAACGGUAAUUUUAAACUUGGCAGUUGAAAGUGAAAGUUACUGCACAUAACCUGUCUAUGUUCCGCUAGUUUACUUCUGCUAUUGAAGAUUGCCAGCUAAGCAUGGGUGUUACAAUGCAGACCCGAGAAAUAUUUACAAUAUUAGUGCUGUGUUUAUUGUGGUAUAUUGUUAGUUCAAGCAAUAAUGUAGUUGGAAAAAUGCUACUAAAUGACUUUCCUUAUCCAAUGACUGUCACAAUGGUGCAAUUGCUAUCAAUAACAGUUUAUUCGGGUCCCUUCUUCAAUAUGUGGGGCAUAAGGCGAUUUGUCGACAUAAGUUGGUCUUAUUAUUUAAAACUUAUCAUACCGCUUGCUUUUGGAAAGUUUAUGGCAUCGGUUUUUACACAUGUCAGCAUAUGGAAAGUGCCAGUUUCGUAUGCUCAUACAGUUAAAGCCACCAUGCCUCUAUUCACAGUAGUUCUAUCUCGCUUUAUCAUAGGAGAAAAGCAAACUGUCAAGGUUUAUUUAUCUCUGGUGCCUAUAAUUUUGGGAGUGGCAAUAGCCACCUUAACUGAGCUGUCGUUCGAUAUAACUGGUCUGCUUAGUGCCCUAGCUGCCACCCUACAGCACUCGUUGCAGAAUAUAUUCUCGAAAAAAGUUCUAGCUGAUACUGGCAUUCACCAUCUAAGGCUGCUGCAUAUGCUGGGCAGAUUAUCGUUGAUGCUAUUCUUGCCAAUUUGGAUGUAUUUCGAUCUGCAGCAUGUCUACAAUCGAUCAAUUCUGGCGACAGAAGAACGCGGCCAUAUUUUGGCCCUACUCUUCACCGACGGCGUUCUGAACUGGCUGCAGAACAUCUUGGCAUUCAGCGUGAUGUCGCUGGUGACGUCACUCACCUACGCGGUGGCAUCGGCGUCGAAACGCAUCUUUGUGAUUGGCGCAUCGCUGCUCAUACUCGGCAACCCUGUUACGCUGACCAAUAUGGCCGGCAUGGGUCUGGCUAUUGUUGGCGUCUUGAGCUACAAUAAGGCGAAAUACGAUGCCAGAGAAUCGAGUAAAAGGAAAACUGUGCUACCAUUUACCAACGAAAGCCUGUGGAAAAGCGGCAGCAAUUCGAUACCCUACCGACCUCUGGAAAAUUCCAACGGCUCAACAAUCAUCAACAACAACAGUAAAUUGGCGCAAUUUGUUUGAAGAAAAUUGUCGACAUUUUUUAGGUUUUGCACCGAUUUUUUGGUGAUUCACUACUAGUUGAAUACUGUAAGUAUUUCGAAAGAAAUUUGUUGAUUAAUUAUAAAUUGUCGACAUUUUUUUUAGGUGUUCAUUGAUGUUUUGGUGAUUCACCACUAGUUGAAUACUGUAAGUAUUUCGAAGGUUUUGAUAGAAAUUUGUUGAUUAAUGGUAUAAAAAUUUAGAAACGACCGUAGAGAAAAGAUAGAAUAAAAAGAUAUCACAUGGUAUAGGUUAUGUUCCAAAUUUCAAGCAGAGUUUCUGUCAACUAGUCCUAGUAGAUCUUUAUCGUGAAGGUAUGUGACGCCGCUCUCAUACUGUGCCGUUCUUAAGGUGCGUACAGAUUUACGCGCCGCAAACAUGAGCAAUUCACUUUUAAUCAGCUGAUGCCAAGCUUUUUAUUAUCUGUAUCCUACCGGUUCUGUAAUAAUACAGAUAUAGUCAGCUGAUUAAAAGUGAAUUGCUCAUGUUCGCGGCGCGUAUAUCUGUACGCACCUUAAGAACGGCACAGUAUGAGAGAGACUACCAGCGUCACAUACCUUCACAAUAAAGAUCUACUAGGACUAUCGGCUUGAGUUAACAGUGUAAUUUGAAACAGAAAUGCCAUCUACCAUGGGAUAUCUUCUUAUGCUACCUUAUCUCUAUGAAACGCCCCCGCGUCUGCUGUUUUUGAAAUGGCAGUGUGCUGUAAAUAAUAGUAUUUAUUUGUUAUAGUUUAAAUUGGGGUUGAUUGUUGUUAGGGAGUGUGUCUGGUAGAGAAGAUUGAUAUAAUCGUGGGUUUCUCGGCUGGUUAAGAGUUUGAUCGUCGAUUAAACGAGUGGUUAAGCAAUCAGUUUGAUCGUCGAUUGAGUGGCUCAGUAAUCAGAGUUUGGUUGUUGAUUGUGUCGUUAUCAAUCAGAGUUUAAUCGUCGAUUAAAUGGCUAAGCAAACUGAGUUUGAUUGUCGAUUAAGUGGUUGACUAAUCUGAGUUUGAUCUUCGGCUUAGAGCUAUAAUACAAUUAUUUAUUGACGAUCAAAUUUCGAUUGCCGGUUCGAUUUUUGACCGAGAUGUUUUGUCGAGAGUUGCACAGUCAACUAACUGAGUUCAAUCCUCGAGUUAGUGUCGUUUGCACAGCGACAGUUUAUACUAAAUUUCAUUUCAAACUGGUUGAAAUCCAUAUCAAGUCUCGUUUGUUAUCAUGUGGUUCAUUUUCAGUUUAAGCCACCAACUGAUUAAAUUCAGUUUAAGCUUUGACUGUGCAAACGGCCUUAAGGGUUAUGAUUUUUAAUCAACAGAUGAGUGGUAACCGGCCGAACCGAGUCUUAACCGAGAUUUAGUUGUUGAUUAUUCUACUCGAUUAUCUUCGUUUUGUAUUUGGCACAAAAAUAAAGUAGGUUUAUUACCAACUUUCAGUUUUUUUUUCAAGUUUCAAAUGUUUUUUGAUGAGGAUUUUUCGUGUGAAAUCUGAAGAAGAAGAAGAAGAAGAAGGAAAAGAAGAAGAAACAGGAGAAAAAGAAGAGGAAACAGGAGAAUAAGAAGAUUGAGAAGCAAAAAAAGAGCCAGGGAGCAGAAGAAGAUAAAGAAGAAUGUAGCAUGGACAUUUUUUAAGAAAGAUUUUAGAUUUUUUUGUUUCUUCUAUACAACUGUGUUUUUAUUGGCAAAUAAUUUUGAAUCAUUUGAGCUAUGAUUUAUGAUUCACAAAUUCAUUUGAAUUUUAAGUAAUUUUAUGGCUUACUAUUUCUUUAUUCUAUAAUAAUAUAUUUUUCGUUCUCUCGAUUUUACUAUUCUCUGUUUCAAAAUAGGGAUUAUCUGUAAGAAAUCUACAUAUCUGUUAAUCAAUAAUCUAGUUUAAUAAUAUGACCUUUUCAAAAAACGGUUUUUAUUGGAUCAUUUAUUUCAAUCAUUAACGAAUUAUUUAAGGUUCUUAGUCCAAUACGAUGCAAAUUUUCAGUUAUUUUAGAGUUUGAAACUAAAAUGUUUUUAAAAUAGUUGCUUGCUUGGAAGAAAAUGUAAUACUUAAUAAACGACGACAAUAUUAUAAUAUUACAGGCCAUGUUAUUGAUAUGAAACAAGAUGUCUCAUAGGUGAAAUUUUAAGAUAUAACUUUGUUUUAAAGUACUUAACUGUCAUCUAAACAACGAAUUAAUCUGUAAUUUCCAGUACAAGUUGUAGAUUAUGAAGUUAGAAUUAAAAUUAUGUAGCAGAUACCCUAAUAACUGAAAGCAGCUGAAGUGAUAUAUAUUUAUUUCGAACAAAUCCAAACAUUUAAAUUGUAGCUUCUACAACUACUGUUUUAAUAUUCGUCCCCUAAUUCUGCAGCUUUAUUAUCAAUAUUAAUUGAUUCGACUAAACCUAAACUAUUGAUUUCCCAUCUUUAUCUAUUUUUACACUUUGUUAUUGAAUAUUUCAUCUCUUCUAGACCACCGUAAGUUAAAACCACUCUAUUCCUAUAGUUUUCCCUAAAUAAUUAACCUCUUAAUGAAUAUUUUACAAUGUUCAAUCUACUAUCUACCUAUUUGUCUAUGUGCCGGUUGCACAAAAUGCAAAAUUAAAUUUUAAUCGUGAAUAAUUUCACGAGAACCAAUAAGAGAAGCCUUAUUUUCGGAAAGCCUUCUCUUUCUGUGUAGUUGAUAUUGUGGUAAUAAUUCAUAUUAAAUA